UAGGGCAAAGGGCUCUCGGAACCCCCAUUGUCACAUAAUGUCGCCGCUCUGUGAUUCGGGGUGCGUCGAGUGGUGAAGGAGAGCCCGUAACCUGAACAGCCCACUUAAAGUUAGCUGUGCUUCCUCUGGGGCUUUUUCCACCUCUAACUUCGGUAUGCAUUUAAUCUGUGAAAUUAGCGCUCUCACCUUACGUUGGAGCACCACUUCCCAGUUGGAGUCUUCGCUCUUUUCAUUUCACCGGGCCACCCCUUCCUACGAAGCGCUUUCACCCCUGAGCACCGGCGUGCCAGUCUGCUGGAUAAUUACUUCGGCAUCCCCUGAAAGCCUGAAUCGCAAGGCUGGAUGAGCAGAGUAGCCCUUGGGGAUGAGUUAGGGGACGCUUUCCGAAGGGGAUGUUCAGCCUGGAAUUUGAAGUUUGGAGCUGAGUUUCGGCGAUUUUCACUGGAAAGAUCAAAACCUGGAAAAUUUGAGGAGUUCUACGGAUUACUGCAGCAUGUUCAUAAGAUACCCAAUGUUGACGUGCUGGUGGGCUACGCAGACAUCCACGGAGACUUACUGCCUAUAAAUAACGACGAUAACUACCAUAAGGCGGUUUCAACAGCCAAUCCACUGCUUAGGAUUUUUAUACAAAAGAAGGAAGAAGCAGACUACAGUGCCUUUGGUACAGACACACUAAUAAAGAAGAAGAAUGUUUUAACCAAUGUAUUACGCCCUGACAACCACAGGAAGAAGCCACACAUAGUCAUUAGCAUGCCGCAAGACUUCAGACCGGUGUCUUCCAUCAUAGACGUGGAUAUUCUCCCUGAGACACACCGUAGAGUCCGUCUGUACAAGUACGGCACCGAGAAACCCCUAGGGUUCUAUAUCCGGGACGGUUCCAGUGUCAGGGUAACUCCCCACGGCUUAGAGAAGGUCCCAGGGAUUUUCAUAUCCAGGCUCGUCCCCGGAGGUCUGGCGCAGAGCACAGGACUAUUAGCUGUUAAUGAUGAAGUCUUAGAAGUUAAUGGCAUAGAGGUUUCAGGGAAGAGUCUUGACCAAGUAACAGACAUGAUGAUUGCGAACAGCCGCAACCUCAUCAUCACAGUGAGACCAGCGAACCAGAGGAAUAACGUGGUCAGAAACAGUCGCACUUCCGGCAGCUCCGGCCAGUCUACUGAUAACAGCCUUCUUGGCUACUCGCAGCAGGUCGAACCCAGCUUUGAGCCGGAGGAUGAAGACAGUGAAGAAGAUGACAUUAUUAUUGAAGACAACGGAGAGCCACAGCAGAUUCCGAAAGCUGUUCCUGAUGCUGAGAGCCUGGAAUCCCUAACACAAAUAGAACUCAAUUUUGAGUCGGAACAGAAUGGUUUUAUUCCUUCUAAUGAAGUGAGCUUAGCACCCAUAGCAAGUGGCACAAACACAGAAUUUGAAGCACGUGGUGCAGAUCAAAAACUCUUAGAAGAAGAUGGGACAAUCAUAACAUUAUGAAGCCACUGCUUGGGUGUUUUCUGAGUCAUGAGGAUGCUGUGGGACACGUGAAUGUGGCUAGUAAUUAAAGCGAUAUACCUCUGAACCAGUGAUGCGGAGUAGGCAUGAAAAAAAUAAUAUUGCAAGCUUAAAAUGUUACUGCGAUGAUUGGUUGAUAAUUGUUACUGUAAACUUUGGUGGCUCAGAGGUGAAUUUUUGUCUGAAACAAAAAGGCCUUUGCUAAAGAAAUUAUGUGCUUUUGCUGUUUUUCUCCUUCGAAGAACUGGAUGGUGGAGCACAUUCCCCGAACUGUGUGAGAGGACUGGAUCAUUUCUGCUUGAAGUGGUUGCAUAUUUAACCUGCUAUGCAGAGUCCAGUUAAUUUUCCCUUUACUUAAUGUUUUUAAAAUUCUGAUGUGAAAAAGUUGGAUUCUCUUUUUUGGUACAUUGAGGACCAGAGCUUUUAUGUUCCCCCUACUGUGUUUUUCUUUCUUUUUAUAAAGAUUUGUUGCUUUGUUGUUAAUUGUAACAAAUUGUCUUCACAAAUGCACCCCCCGCCCCGCCCAAUUUCUAAGAAGUCAAACCAGCUGGCCGGUUUUAGGAGUUUUAGGAGUCUUCCCACACUACCCAGCGCUGAAGCCCCUUCCUGGGUGUGAAGCCAUGACAGUUGCUCACUUUGAUGUCGCCGUCCUAUGCCUUCAUGUGUGGGCGUGAUCGAUGCUUUGGAAGGCAGCUCCUCUUACUGGUAAUAUAGGAGCCUCUCCUUUAACCUGCUCUUGUCCUCAUUCUUAGUCACAUUGGAAAUCAUUCCUUUCACUUUCAGUGUGUGUUUUGUUGGUGUGCUUUUAUACUCUCUUAAUGCAUCCAAGUGGUAUGACUCAUUUGGGAUCAAAAAGGUACCCAAAUGAAGAGAUUUUUACGCACAGGACAAACUUCUGCACUUUUUAUAUCAAAAUUGGGUUUUCUGUCGUGGAACUAGUCUAGGAACACUGCCUACACUUUAUGAAAAAUAUGUAGUAUUCACCUAUGACAGGUAGAGCUUAUUAAUUUUAUGAGGCUAUUUAUUAUUUUCCAGUGCAUCCACUUAGGACAAGUUAGGAGGAGGCUGCUACUUUCAUCCCGUGCCUGGUUUCACUGUGCCGUGUGCGCAAGCACAGCAGUGCACAUGUAUAUAGAAACUCAGAGUGGUGUAAAGACCAUAGGUUCCCUCUGGCUUAUGGAGAGUUAUUUAUUCAUUAAUUUUAUGGUAGGACUUGUAUGGGUACCUUUAUAACAGUUGUGUGCUAUUAAAACAAUGAAGAUUCAAACGACUCCGUUUUGAAGGAUAUUUUCUCUAUAUGGUAAAAUAUAUGAAGAAAUGAAGUCUUAAUCAAAUGAUGAUCACUGGACUCAGAGGACUUCACUGCUUGCUCCUUCUCAUUACCACUAAGCACAGUCUCUGUAAGCUGUUAACUGACUACACAGCAUUAUGUGGCACAGUGCACCUGUACGCACUGAAGUGCUUCCUCCUGUGUAACGGCGUCAGCUUUAACAUUCUGUGAGUCUUAGAAAUUUGGCUCUGGAACAGCAAGAUGAUGUCAUUUGUAGAAAGUUAAAUUUCAUUUAUGAUAUAAGUGGUGCAGGGGUUCAACAUUUUAAGUAAUACUUUUUACACACUACCUCUCUCUUUUUUUAAACAAAAUUUUAACAUUAGAACUUUUCUCUUGGGGAAAAAUACUUCAGGGCUUGACUUUUGUACAAAUUUUAACUGUAAAGUAUAAAUUUAUCUUAUAUCUAUUCGUGGAAAUGGAAAUCAACGCUGCUAGUGAUUUUUAUUUAAUUAUCCUGUUAAGGAUAUAUCUGGUGUUUUCAACUAGGUCUCAGUCAUUUAAAUUAUUGGUGAAAUAACUGAUUAAUAGACAUAGUGUAGCCGGGCGUGGUGGCGUAUGCCUGUAAUGCCAGCACUUGGGAGGCUGAGGCAGGAGGAUUGCU